AGGCAGUGUCGUGGUGGCUGUGAGUGUGUUGUGUGGUUGCCCGCUGUCUCUCCUCCCCAGCGCACGCAGCUUUGCUCUCAAGAGGAUUGUGUCUCCCUCCCUCCCUCCCUCUCCUCCGUCCCUCCCUCCCUUACUCCGUGCACCGACGUCAUAAUGAGGCUACACUGGAUCGCGUUGGGGUUACUGCUGGCGGCCGCUCUCACCGCGUCCCAAGAGCCGCUGCGCAGACGUUCGCGGUUCCGGGGUCGGCAGGCGGCGCGCGGCCAGGCCACGUCCGAGUCCGUGCAGACAGAGACGAAGGCGACGGUGAACACGGUGGGCCGACGGCGGCAGGCGGCGGCCGCGGUGGCCACAGCGGCCAACACCGUGGGCAGGCGGCAGCAAAGCGGCGGCACCAACAGGAACAGGGUCAGGAUCCGUCCCCGCGUCACGCCGGGCGCGGGAAGGAAGGACAGCAACGAUGACAACGCCGUCGUCAAGGGCGGCGCCUCCGGCACCCCGGACUACAAGGUGGUGUGUUACUACACCAACUGGUCGCAGUACAGACAGAAGCUGGGCAAGUUCAUGCCGGAGCACAUCGACCCCUUCCUGUGCAGCCACAUCAUCUACGCGUUUGGCUGGAUGAAGAAAGGGCGGCUGUCCUCCUUUGAGGCCAACGACGAGACCAAGGACGGAAAGACGGGCUUUUACGAGCAGAUCAACGGCCUCAAGGUGCAGAACCCCAAGCUGAAGGUGCUGCUGGCGCUGGGCGGGUGGUCGUUCGGCACCAAGAAGUUCAAGGAUAUGUCUGCCUCGAGGUACACGCGCCAGACCUUCAUCUUCAGCGCCAUCCCCUUCCUGCGCCGCCACGACUUUGAUGGUCUCGACCUGGACUGGGAGUACCCCAAAGGGAACACCGACAAGGCCAACUUUGUCCUGCUGCUGAAGGAGCUGUACGAGGCGUUUGAAGCUGAGGCCAAGGAGGAGGGGCGGCCGAGGCUGCUGCUCACCGCCGCUGUGCCUGUGGGUCCCGACAACAUCAAGGGCGGCUAUGACAUUCCCGCCAUCUCAAGGUACCUGGACUUCAUCAACGUGAUGGCCUACGAUUUCCACGGCAAAUGGGAGAACACGGUGGGCCACAACGCACCGCUCUUCGCGCCCUCAGAGGACAGUGAGUGGAGGAAGCAGCUCUCUGUGGACCACGCCUCAAACCUGUGGGCCAAGCUCGGAGCACCAAAGGAGAAGCUGAUCAUCGGCAUGCCCACCUACGGCCGCACCUUCACCUUGGCCAAUCCUGCACGUAAUGCCGUCAACUCCCCGGCCAGCGGUGGAGGAGAGGCCGGCAAGUACACCGGCGAGGAGGGCUUCAUGGCUUACUAUGAGGUCUGCGAGCACCUUCGUAGCGGCGGGGAGUACGUCUGGCACGAGGAGAUGCAGGUCCCGUACAUGGUGAAGGGCAGCCUGUGGGUCGGCUUUGACGACGAGCGCGCCAUCAGGAACAAGAUGAAGUGGCUGAUGAAGGGCGGGUUCGGCGGGGCCAUGGUGUGGACCGUGGACAUGGACGACUUCACCGGCGACGUGUGCGGCGGAAACACCAAGUACCCGCUUAUUAGCAUCAUGACGGAGGAGCUGAUGGGUCGGCCCCGUAGUGGUAAGGAGGUGGACUGGGCAGCGAUCACCAAGAGCUCCAUCGCCACCCGCACCACACUUCCGCCGCCCACGCUCAUUGACCCCAUGCAGCUGAUUAACAAGUACCGCUCCACGCUGGCCAAGCAGACGCCCAUGGAGAGGAUGGACAUCAUUCCCGCCGUGCCCAAGGACGCCCCCAAGGUGAUGUGCUACUUCACGUCGUGGGCGGAGAAGCGUCCCGGCGCUGGCAGAUUUGAGGUGGAGAGUGUUGACCCCUUCAUGUGCACCCACGUCAUCUACGCCUUCGGAGGCAUGGAGGACUACCGCCUGGCUCCUGGGCACCCCUCGGACAUAGGCGACGGCUUCAAGGAGGGCACCUACAAGCGCCUCAUGAAGCUCAAGGAGAAGAACCCCAGUCUGAAGGUCAUGCUGGCGCUGGGUGGCUGGCAGUUUGGGUCCCAGCCCUUCCAGGAACUCACCUCCAACCAGUACAGGAUGAAUGGCUUCGUCUACGACUCACUAGAAUUCCUCCGCAAGUACGAGUUUGACGGCCUCGACAUUGACUGGGAGUACCCCCGAGGACCAGACGACAAGGCCAACUAUGUCAACUUCCUGAAGGAGCUGCGCAUGGCCUUCGAGGGUGAGGCGAAGUCCACUGGGCACUCACGCCUCCUACUGUCUGCUGCCGUGCCCGCCUCCUUCGAAGCCUUGGCCGCAGGCUAUGAUGUGCCGGAGAUCAGCAAAUACCUGGACUACAUCAACAUCAUGUCCUACGACUUCCAUGGCAUGUGGGACAGCACGGUGGGUCACAACUCACCCCUGCUGCCCAUCGAGACGGCCUCCUCCUACCACAAGAAGCUGACCGUGGACUACAGUGUGCGAGAGUGGAAGAAGCAGGGCGCGCCGGGCCAGAAGCUCAUGGUGGGGAUGCCCAUGUACGGCCGCUCCUUCACCCUCAAGAACACCAGCAUGUUCGACAUUGGCUCGGAGGUGAUGGGCGGCGGCCACGCAGGGCGCUACACCCAGGAGGAGGGAUUCUUGGCUUACUAUGAGGUGUGUGACUUCCUAUACGAGGACAACACCACGCUGGUCUGGGACAACGAGCAGCAGGUUCCCUUCGCCUACAACGGGGACCAGUGGGUUGGCUUUGACGACGAGCGCUCCCUGGGCAUCAAGGGCGACUGGCUCAUGACGGAGGGCCUGGGCGGAGUCAUGGUGUGGAGUGUGGACAUGGACGACUUCCGCGGCAACUGUGGCACUGGAAAAUACCCCCUGCUGACCACCCUCAACGACAUGCUGGCCAACUACAGCGUGGCACUCACCUACGAGGGCCCCUACGAGAACACCGGCACCCUCGACGGAACCAGUGCCAAGAAGGACCCCUCCAUCAUCACUUGCGAAGAGGCUGACGGCCACAUCACCUACCACGAGGACAAGGCUGACUGCACGCGCUAUUUCAUGUGUGAGGGCGAGCGCAAGCACCACAUGCCCUGCCCCGUCAACCUGGUGUUCAACGCGGCGCAGAGUGUGUGCGACUGGCCCGAGAAUGUGCCGGGGUGCGAGACGGCCAUUUCCAACCCUGCCGUGCGGUGAAAGGCUUCGCGCUGAUGUGCCGUUGGGUCGGUGUGUGUUCGCGUGACCGUGUGUAUCCUCCUCCUCCGAUACUAUUAUUUCUGUAUUUUAUCUUUUUAUUUUUUUUAGAUGUUAGGUCACUAUGUAUGCUGUGUGGCCCUCUGUGA